AAAAACGUAACUACAAUUUCAGACCGAGCAUUGAAUGAUCUGAUCUUCAUGCCCAAUUCCUCCGAUUAUAGGGUUUCCAAGCCAUGACCGACAAGCCACCGGUGCUCAAGCCGCCGCUUUCAUCCCAAGACUGGGAUUCUCUAAUCGACGACUUCCAGCACGGCGGUGCUCGCCGCCAAAAAUGGACGGCGGCCCCUCAGUUCCUCUCCUCUUUCCUUGAUCACGCGCUCUCCUUCCUCCUUAAAAAGGACUUCCCUCUCAAAAUCCCUCUCCUUAUAUUCAUGGAAGAGUUUUCGGAAACCUUUUUCACCGACGAGUCCCAUUUGCUCCGCCUCCUCGACGCUCUUCGCUCCGUCGUCCAAGCUCCUUUGGAUGGGAUCUCCGUUACUUUUCUCUUGAAAGAGCAGUUCAUGAUCUCCACCACUUCAAUUUUUAUCUCCAUUGACGCGCUCAACAAGUUCCAGGCGCGGUGCACUGAGGGUUUGGCUGAGUUGCUUCUCACUGUUAUUCAUCGCCCCAACCAUGGAGUGGACCGCCAGACGCGAGCCAUUGCCUGCGAGUGCUUGCGUGAAUUGGAGAAGAGUUACGCAUGUUUGCUCUCUGGUAUUGCUGGCCAUUUGUGGAGUUUGUGUCAAAGUGAACGAACUCAUGCUUGUCAGUCUUAUCUUUUGUUGUUCACUAUGGUUGUUUAUAAUAUCGUAAAUCGGAAGUUGAAUGUUUCUGUUUUGAAUACUUCUGUGCCUUUGGUUCCUUUUAAUGUUCCUCAAUUAAUUUCCAAUGGUAAAGAGUUUGUGGGCUUGAAUUAUAAGGAGUUGAGGAGGGCUCUGGCGUUUCUGUUGGAAACGCCUCAGGUUUUGACUCCAUUUGGGAUGAUGGAGUUCUUGCAAAUGAUAAUGCCUGUGGCUGUGGCUUUGGAGUUGCAGGGCUCUAUGUUGAAAGUUCAGUUCUUUGGGCUGAUUUAUUCAUUUGAUCCUUUGUUAUGUCAUCUUGUUUUAGUUAUGUAUUCUCAUUUUCCUGAUGCAUUUGAUGGACAAGAGGUAGAGAUUGUCAAGCGAUUGAUGCUCAUUUCCAAGGAAACACAACACUAUUUGGUUUUCCGAUUGCUUUCCCUUCAUUGGUUGUUGGAUUUAUUAAGUAAAUUGAUGUUGAGUAGAGAGGGUAAAAAAUAUAAAUCUGUUGUUGACAUGGGUUUGAGAUUCUAUCCAGCGGUAUUUGAUCCACUGGCUUUGAAAGCAUUGAAGCUUGAUUUGCUUGCUUUCUACUCGAUAUAUCUUGAAGGUUUGAAACUAGAGGGUGGUUCUGGUGAGGAUUGUGAUGCUUCCAAGUCUGUCGUCAAGCUUAUUGAAGAUGGUCUUAUUUCAGUUUCAGCUUUCAAAUGGUUAUCUCCCUGGAGCACUGAAACUGCUGUUGCAUUCCGUGCCUUUCAUAAAUUUUUGAUAGGUGCUUCAUCUCAUUCUGACACUGAUCCUUCCCCAACUAGAACCCUGAUGAACUCCGUUAUCUUCCAUACACUGCAGGGGAUGCUGGUGGGUUUGACAUUGGAUAUUCUAAGGUUGGUCCCUGUUGUUGUUUCUUUCAUUGACCGUUUAUUAAGCUGCCAAAAGCAUUGUUGGUUGGGAGAGCGCCUACUUCAGUCGGUUGACAAGUAUUUGCUUCCAAAAGUCAAAAUAGAUUACCAAUUGGUUUCUUACUUCCCAGUAUUUGAUAGAAUAGCAGAAAAUAAUUCAAUACCUCCUUCGACAUUGCUAGACCUACUUACCAAGUUUAUGGUUUUCCUUGUUGAGAAACAUGGUCCCAAUACUGGACUGAAAUCAUGGUCGCAGGGAAGUAAAGUCCUUGGCAUUUGCCGAACUAUGCUGAUGCACCAUCAUAGCUCUAGAUUGUUCCUUGGAUUAUCUCGCCUUCUUGCAUUCACUUGUCUAUACUUCCCUGAUUUGGAGGUUCGAGACAAUGCAAGGGUCUACAUGCGAAUGCUAAUCUGCAUACCAGGAAUGAAGCUUAAAGGCAUACUGAAUUUUGGGGAGCAAUUACUUGGCAUUUCACCUUCUACGCAUUCUAGUUCUUUCUUCAAUGUUCCAUCUCCUCGACAUUAUCAGAAUUUCAAGAAAUCUAGGGGCAUCUCAUACUGCAUUCAUCUUGAGCGAAUGAUACCAUUGCUUGUUAAGCAAUGCUGGUCUUUGUCUUUGCCACCUUCGGAUAUUGGGUCUAGCAAACCUAGUCAUUUAGAGAGCAUUAUGGAUAGUGAACCUCAGGUUGAUUUAAGGGAGCUAGAUGUUAGUACAAGUUUUCUAGCAACCUCAGAAAUUGAAAGAACUAAUCAGUUGCAAGAGCCAUUACGUGUAAUGGAUUCAAAGAUUUCACAGAUCUUAGGGGUAUUAAGGAGUCACUUCUCAUGUAUUCCUGAUUUUAGGCAUAUGCCAGGGAUCAAGGUUAACAUAUCCUGCAUUCUGAGAUUUGAAUCUGAGCCUUUCAAUCACUUGUUUGGGGCUUCCUUCCUUACUAGUCCAGCAGAUGGAGUAGAUGCCCUUCCUUCCCUAUAUGCAAUUGUGCUCAAAUUUUCAUCCUCGGCACCAUAUGGGUCCAUUCCAUCUUAUCAUAUACCCUUCCUUCUUGGUGAACCCUCCAGGAACAAUCACAUCUCUUGCCCAUCAGUUUCACCCGACAUUGUUUCUGUGGAAAAUGACUUUGAAGAAGAGGAAAAUUAUAGAGCUCCUGUCACAAUUGAUUUGGAACCACGGGAACCUACACCUGGUCUUGUUGAUGCUUUCAUUGAAGCAAAUGUUGAAAAUGGCCAGAUAAUCCAUGGUCAGCUUCAAGGUAUUACAUUAGGUAUAGAGGACAUGUUUCUCAAGGCCAUUGUCCCAUCUGACAUCUCAGAACAUGCAGUAGCUGCAUAUUAUUCAGGAUUAUUUGAUGCUCUUUGGGAGGCUUGUGGACCUUCUGCUAACAUUGGGCGGGAGACAUUCCCAUUAAAAGGAGGCAAGGGUGUUGCAGCAAUCAAUGGGACCCGAUCGGUCAAGCUACUUGAAGUUCCUGCAGACUCUUUGAUUCGUGCAAUUGAACAGCAUUUGGCAUCCUUUGUUGUUCGUGUGAUUGGAGAACAUCUCGUUAACAUGGUGAAGGACAGGGGAAUCAUCAAAGACAUCAUAUGGAAGGAUGCUGCAUCAGAUUCUUUUCUUGUUAGUACUGCCUCCUCACUUACUGGUUUAGAUCAAGGUCCACUUCAUCUGACAUAUUUUAAUGAUGGAGAAGAGAGAGAAACUCAGGUAAAUGGCUAUAAAAGAAGGAUGGGUUGCAUUCUUUUGUUGAUAUUUCUUCCACCAAGGUUCCAUCUUCUUUUCCAAAUGGAAGUCUCUGAUAUUUCAACCUUGGUUCGAAUUAGAACCGAUCACUGGCCAUGCUUAGCAUAUGUUGAUGAUUAUUUGGAGGCUUUAUUUUUGACAUAGAGAUUAUUUUUGCACAAAAGGAGGGUAAUUUUUUGACACCUCAAAAAUAAACUGUUGUGUAAAUACCCCCUGCAAGUGAGUCCCUCCCUUUUUGUAUUCUUUCAAUGUGUCCAAAAUCUAAGAAAUGCUUUUAAUUUUUGGCCAUCUUCAUUUUCUGUAGCAAACUUGGAAGUUUAUAGUUUAUUUGUAAAGCUAGUUCAUUGUAUUAUAUUAUUUAUGUAUUCAUUGAUUAGUCAUUAUGAUUGUUACUCUUAA